AUUGCUUCCACUAGAUUUCAUACGUCGUUACUAACCUGAAGGCAGUGAGCAUCAAAUGCGCCAGUACUUUGAACAGUUUGGUACUAUCAACAAGCUCCGCUUAUCGAGGAACAAGAAGACUGGGGCCAUGAAGCACUACGGCUUUAUCGAGUUUGCGGAGUCGAGCACUGCAGAGAUUGUCGCCAAGACCAUGGAUAAUUAUCUACUGUUCGGCCAUAUUCUCAAGGUGAAACUGGUUCCGAAAUCCCAGAUCCAUGACAGUCUGUGGAAGGGCGCAAACAAGCGGUUCCGAGCGAAGCCACACAACAAGAUCGAGGGCAGCAACCUCAAGAAGCCUCGGUCGGAAGCCAAGUGGGAGGUCUCAAUUUCCAAGGAAUACAAGAAGCGUGCGGUUCGAGCUCAGAAGUUGAAGAAGAUGGGUUAUGAGUUUGAAGCACCGGAACUCAAGGCCGUGGUACAUGCCCCGGGAGAAGCAAUGACCCUCGAGGAAGGAGACGAGGCCCCGAAGACGAUUGAAGUAGCGCCAGAGGCCACAUCAGCUGAAGCUAAAGUGCCUUUCAGCGCCGAUGAAGAGUUGGGAGACGGCAUCGAGUCCAUGGACGACGAUACAGUAGUCACGACAGCGAAGAAGAUGACCAAGGAGGAUGGGAAGGGUGGCAAGAAAGUCAAAAAGUUUUCGAAGGUCAAGAAGACAAAGAAGACUAAGAAGGUGAAAGCAUAGUCAUUGUUAGGUUGUAUCGGUAACAUUGCCCUUCUCGCAUAACAUUCGUGGCAGACUGUGUUGGUAUGGUAAUGAAUUAGUUCUGGUCCGUCACCUGUAUCUUUUCGCUUGAUUUAUCGAUAUCUCAGCAAGUGA